AUUUCCCAAAACUUAGAAAUGCCGCCGAAGAACGUGCAAAUAUUAUGAUCACCGUUAUUGCCCUUUGUCCGAGUUGAAAACGAAGAAGCUGCCUCUGAUUUUGCAGUUCGCCAGAUCUCUGCAUUUUGUGCUGCGUUCUCUCCUCUCUCGUGUAGGUUGGACAAAUCUUUAAUUUGAAGCAUGUCUGGAGAAGAGGAAGAAAAUGCUGCAGAGCUUAAAAUUGGGGAUGAGUUCUUAAAAGCUAAGUGUUUAAUGAAUUGUGAGGUUUCUUUGAUCCUGGAACACAAGUAUGAGCAGCUUCAACAAAGGGCCGAAGAUCCAACAAAUCAAAUUUCUCAAGUGUUCGAGAAGUCACUGCAGUAUGUGAAACGCUUCAGUCGCUACAAGAACCCUGAUGCUGUUAGACAAGUUCGAGAAAUUCUAAGCAGAUAUCAACUAGCUGAGUUCGAGUUAUGUGUUCUUGGCAACCUUUGCCCUGAAACUGUGGAGGAAGCUACUUCCAUAGUUCCAUCUUUGAAGACUAAAGGAAGAGUGCAUGACGACGAAGCAAUAGAGAAGAUGUUGAAUGAUCUUUCAUUAAUCAAAAAGUUUGAGUAGUUAAUUAACUUUCUAAAUCUUUACUAAAUGUGUUUUUAUCCAUUAUUUAUGACAUUUUCUCAACCAAAAACAAACACCAAAUUUUACCCUUCUGAUCAUGGUUUUAUAAUUGUUUUGGAUUACUUUAUAAAUUAUAUUCUAUUACCAAA